AUGCUUAGGCUGCUCGCUAGAAAUCCACUACAUAUCCGUAGCCUUGCGUCUGCUGCUGCUACUCCAAGUGCCUCAGCCGCCAGGGCGCCUCCUCCAACAUAUAAGACCACAGUCUUGCCAAACGGCCUUACAGUGGCGAGUGAAUAUAUGCCUGGUACCAAGACUGCCACUGUGGGUAUGUGGAUUAACGCCGGCUCCAGAGCUGAUAACCCUAUAAGCAGUGGUACGGCCCACUUUCUCGAGCAUUUGGCCUUCAAAGGUACAGCCAAGAGGUCUCAGUACAGCCUAGAAUUAGAGAUUGAAGACUUGGGUUCCCAGAUCAAUGCUUACACGUCCCGUGAAAACACAGUAUACUACACUCGUUGCCUUUCGAAGGAUUUGGAGCAAAACGUGGACAUUUUGAGUGAUUUGUUGACCAAGCUGAAGCUCGAAGCCAAGGCCAUCGAGAGAGAGAGAGCCGUGAUUCUCCAGGAAAGUGACGAAGUCGAUAAGAUGUUUGACGAAGUGGUGUUUGACCAUUUGCACGAGAUCACUUUUCGUAAACAGGAUCUUGGCAGAACCAUUUUGGGUCCAAGAGAAAAGAUCAGAACGAUUAACAGAGACGACUUGGUGAACUAUAUCAAAACGAACUAUAAGGGCGACAGAAUGGCCCUCAUUGGCGUGGGUUGUGUUGAUCAUGACGAGCUUGUAAAGACUGCCCAGAAGUUCUUUGGCCAUAUCGAGAAGAGCCCUGUUCCUUUCAAGCAACAUGGUGACGAUAUGCCUGUUUUCCACGGUGCUGAGAGACUCAUCCAGGACAACUCUUUGCCAGUAACGCACGUUGCUUUGGCUAUUGAAGGUGUCAGCUGGUCCGCUCCUGACUUCUUCACCUCUUCUGUUGCCAAUGGUCUUAUCGGCUCCUGGGACAGAUCUAUUGGUAUUGGUUCUGACUCUCCAUCCCCAUUGACUGUCACUGCUGCCAUGGGUGGCCCAAGCGGUCAACCAAUGGUCAACGCCUUCAUGGCAUACACUACUUCCUACGCUGACACUGGAUUGAUGGGUGUUUACUUCACAGCAGACAGCAACACCGAUAUGUCUUUGUUUACUAAUGCCGUUUUGAAGGAGUGGGCUCGUUUGAAGGCUGGCGAUAUCACCGAAGAAGAGGUCGAAAGAUCUAAAGCUCAACUUAAAGCUUCUUUGGUUUUGGCCCUCGAUGACUCUACUGCUAUUGCUGAAGACAUUGGCAGACAAUUGGUUAAUACCGGCUUCAGAUUACUGCCUGAAGAUGUUUUUGAGCGGAUUGAGUCCGUUACGAAGCAAGAAGUUGUUGACUGGGCCAACUGGAGACUUAAGGACAGACCUAUCUCCAUUUGCGCCUUGGGUAACUGCAAGACAUUGCCCUCUCACAAGGAGUUGACAGCCGGUAUGAGCUGGUAG